UCCUGGUUGGCUAUAAUAACCCACUCUCCAAACAAGCCCACACAACCACUAGACCGGACAAAAGCUCGUUUUGAUCACCACACAUCAACGACCAACGGCUCUACAAGCAGACGGAGAAAUCUCGGGCUGGUGAAGGCAUCGCUCUUCUUUGGAAACAAAGCUUGCCCAAAUUUGCAAUGGAAGCAGAUGCAGGCACUGAGCACUCGCUGAUGAUGGAAGGAAGUGUUUCACAAACUAUGCAAAUUGAUCCAAGAAGAGCUCGGUUCCCAUGCUGCAUUGUGUGGACACCCCUUCCUAUUAUUUCAUGGCUGGUUCCUUUCAUUGGUCACAUUGGCAUAUGCAGAGAGGAUGGAGUGAUCUUGGACUUUGCAGGGCCCAAUUUUGUGUGCGUGGACAAUUUCGCAUUUGGAUCAGUGACCCGCUACCUCCAAAUUAGCAACGAAAAGUGUCGCAUUUCUCCCCAUCCGUCCUUAUACAAUAGUGAAGAUGGGUACACACAGGAUGAUGCUGGAAAAGACAUAUUGACAUGGGAUGAUGCAUUAAGAAGGAGCACUCAGGACUUCCAACACCGAGCUUACAACCUCUUUACUUGCAAUUGCCAUUCUUUUGUGGCAAACAACCUAAACAGGUUGGGGUUUCUUUCGGGUGGAUGGAAUGUCGUGAACCUUGCUGCUCUCAUUUUCCUCAAGGGCCGUUGGGUGAGCACAGCAUCCAUGGUGCGAUCUUUCUUACCGUUUGGUAUAGUAUUCUCUCUUGGGCUUGCACUUGGGGGAUUGACCUUCCUUGCUUACUUGGCCUUUUUCACCUGCUUUAUAGUUGGUUGGUUUCUUCUUGGCACUUACUGUUUUAAAAAUUUGAUCCAGUUGUAGAAUCUCUUGUUUAACUAAUUGAUGUAUAAAAAUUGAAGUUCCAACAGACGUGUUUUGAUUCAGAUAUUUGUAUGUGCGAAAUUGAUAGAGAAUAUUUCGACAGCUUGAACAGCUUAAGUGAAGUGUUUUUUGAAA